AUGGCACUGUAUGGAACCUCUUAUGCUCUGAUGUGCAGGGCAUUCCCCACAACUCUAAGAGCACCAGCCCGCGCGUGGUACGGCGGCCUAAGGAUCGGGACAGUCGCCUCAUUCGACCAGCUCGCUAGAGACUUCGAGCUCAACUUCCUGGCCAGCGCACGGUCGAAACCGUCUGUUGCCUUGCUUCUCGAACUACACCAGAGGGAUGACGAGUCCCUCUCCUACUUUGUGAACUGUUUUGCCACGCAGAUCCGAGGAUUAUCCGAUGCUCACCCCUCUCUGUUAAUGCAGGCGUUCAUGGCGGGACUGCGACCUUCCCGAUUCUUCUGGUCCCUCGUUGAGAGGCCCCCCUCCGCGGUACUUGAGAUGGUUCAGCGGGCGAACCAGUUCGUCGCGGCUGAGGCUUGGAUGGCCGAAAAGCAGGAAGAGCACACGAGGGUCAGACCGGAGCCGGCUCACGGGCAGCAGCCUGCCGCGACUAGGCGCAGGCUGGACCGAUCUAACCUGCCCGCUCUGAGGCCUCCUCUGCCCCCCUUAGGCGCGUCCCAUACGGAGAUAUUUCUCCAGAUAAAGGAGAGAGGGUUGCUCAGGGCUCCCGUUCCGAUGAAAAACCCGCGAGAGCUCGUCGACCAGUCCAAGCAUUGCCGCUUUCAUAGGCAAAGCGGGCACGACACUGAAGACUACCACGAACUGAAACGGCAGAUCGAGGAGCUUGUCCACGGGGGUCACCUCAGUCGGUACGUUCGACGUAAUAGGGAGCCCUCGCCUCGCCCGAAGGGCCCCGUGGAGCGCCACAUCGAUGUCAUCACUGGAGGACCAACGGCUGGGGGAACCAGUAUGUCCGGGAGAAAGGCAUAUGCCCGUUCCGCCAGGAUUGCCACUCCCCAACGUGGUCCCGACCCCAAGGUCGCAUUCCCUCCCAAGGACGUCAAGCCACCGGAGCAUGACGAUGCGCUUGUGAUAAUGGCUCGGAUCGCUAACGCCCAGGUGAGGAGAAUCAUGAUCGACACGGGGAGCUCAGCCGACGUGCUCUAUUUGGAUGCCUUCCAGAAGUUGGGGUUAACCAAAGAAUCCCUGAAGCCUAUCUGCUUGGCGCUCACGGGAUUCACCGGCGAUUCGAUCUCACCAUUGGGGACUGUUACCUUGCCCCUCACCUUGGGAGCGCCGCCCAGAACAAAGACGGUGAUGUCCACCUUCUUGGUGGUAGGAUCUUCAUACUGCUUACAACGCCAUCCUCGGCCUCCCCACCCUCAACAAAAUCAGAGUUGUAGUCUCCACCUAUCAUCAGAUGGUGAAGUUUCCUACCCACGCCGGGACAGGGGAAGUUUGGGGAAGCCCCCAAGAGUCCAGACGAUGCUACCUGACGGCGGUUUCGCUGCAUAA